GCUUUCAUGCUGUCACAACUUGCUAUCCUUCUGUCUUAUUGCUGCUCAAAGACCCCUGCUUGGGAAAUGUAGUGAACGCUACUGUAUUAGAAACAUUAUGUAAAUCACAAGAGACUCAAGUUCUCUCAUCACGGUGGUUAGCUAACGUUAGCUACGAAGCUAGGUUACUCGGACAAGCCUUGUUACGACAGCUAACUUCGCUAUGUGAACUAACUAAGCCAGGAAAGUGGCGAUAAAGAAACUCAGCGACUGGCUGCUUGGUGCACAUUUAGUGUUUCCACUUCUGAAUGUGUUGCAGGUCGCUCUCAUGUGCCCAUGGAGAAAGCGGCCUUUGAGGGGUGGCUGGAGACUGUCUCCGCCACUUUCCUUACGCUGAAUGACCAGCAGCGCAACCAGUCUCUGGACCACCUCAUCUCCCUGAGCGGCGCCGUCCAGCUCCGUCAUCUGUCUAAUGGACUGGAGACGCUGCUGAAGCGAGACUUCCUGCGCCUCCUUCCUCUGGAGCUGGCCUUCUACCUGCUGCGCUGGCUGGACCCACAGACCCUGCUCACCUGCUGCCUCGUCUGCAAACAGUGGAAUAAGGUGAUCAGCUCGUGUACAGAGGUGUGGCAGGGUGUGUGUCGGAAGCUGGGCUGGAGGAUCGACGAGUCCAUUCAGGAUGCUACACACUGGAAGGGGGUCUACCUGAAGGCCAAGCUGCGUAUGAUGCAGCUGAAGGAUCAGGAGGCCUUCGAGACGUCCUCGCUCAUCGGACACAGCGCUCGCGUCUACGCCCUCUACUACAAGGACGGCCUCCUCUGCACAGGAUCUGAUGACCUUUCUGCCAAAUUAUGGGAUGUGCGCACUGGGCAGUGCAUUUAUGGAAUCCAGACACACACCUGCGCUGCGGUGAAAUUCGAUGAACAGAAGUUGGUCACCGGGUCCUUCGACAACACCAUAGCAUGCUGGGAGUGGAGCACAGGGGCUAAAAUCCAGCAGUUCAGGGGCCACACAGGAGCAGUCUUCAGUGUGGACUACAAUGAUGAGCUGGACAUUCUGGUGAGCGGGUCUGCAGACUUCUCAGUGAAGGUGUGGGCUCUGGCAGCUGGAGCCUGUCUCAACACUCUGACUGGACACACUGAGUGGGUCACCAAGGUGAUACUACAGAAAAGUGAAGUAGAAUCUAUGGUGCACAGUCCUGGUGAUCAUAUCCUCCUAAGUGCUGAUAAGUAUGAAAUUAAGGUCUGGCCUUUAGGGAGAGAAAUCAACUGUAAGUGUCUGAAGACUCUGUCAGUGUCAGAGAACCGCAGCAUCAGCCUCCAGCCUCGCCUACAGUUUGACGGACGCUACAUCGUUUGCAGCUCUGACCUCGGAGUUUAUCAGUGGGACUUUGCCAGUUUUGAGAUUCUCAGGGUGAUAAAAACGCAGGACCCAGCCAACCUAUCCCUGCUCAGCUUCGGGGAGGUGUUCGCCCUGCUUUUUGACAACCACUUCCUGUACGUGAUGGACCUGAGGACAGAGGCCAUCUCGGGCCGCUGGCCUCUACCCGCCUACAGAAAAUCUAAACGAGGAUCCAGUUUCCUGGCUGGUGUGACCUCCUGGCUCAACGGCCUGGACGGGGGCAAUGACUCUGGAUUGGUGUUUGCCACGAGCAUGCCCGACCAUAGCAUUCACUUGGUACUGUGGAAGGAGAACGGAUAG